GGCUUUCGAUGAAGUUAGUUUUAGUUGAGUUAUCAGUUAAAUUUGGUUGAUAUAUUUUUACUUCUGUUAGCAGGUUUGGAUAUGUUAUGACUUUCAUGUGCUGUGGAGCUUUUGGAGGUGUCCUGUUAAUAGAGAAAAGGUUAGAGUGAAAUUGCUAAGUUGUUGGUUAGACUCACUUGUUAGAAUUUGAAAACAAUUACAGUUUGGAUGUGAUUAAAGGAAAAAGUUAGAAAUUAUUUGCAAGCUUGGUCUGGACUUAGCAAUUAUUUGGAAGUUAUGUGUUAGUUAACAGUUAGCAAAUCAAGAGAAAGUUAGUGGAGAGUUUUAACAGUAUUAAAUCCUAAGUAUUAAUAUAAUACAUAUGUCUAAUCAGGAUGAUGUUCCCCCGCGAUAUGCUGAUACUGGUGCUCGUCAAUCAAGAGCUCGAAUGGAAUAUGAUUAUGGGGGCAGUGCUUCACAGUAUGGUGAUGCUUAUGGUGAUAGAGUUGGAAGAUCAAAUCUUGGAUAUGGCAGUGGCAGCCGAAGUUCUAUUUCUGGUCAAGAAUCACACGGGAUGUAUAGCAGUCGGCAGGGAACAGGUUAUGGUGGAGGAUCUUAUGGUGGCAGUGAUGUUGGAGGCAUGUACUCGUCAAGUUAUGAUGGUGAUUACGUUUCUCGUGGAAGUGAUGUUGGCGGCAGCUCAUAUUCGUCAAUGUAUUCUGGCAGAGGUGCCGGCGGCGGUAGCAGUUACAUGGGCAGCGGUGGAUCUGGAUCUUAUUAUUGAGGUAAGUAAGCCGAUAACUCUUUGGCAUUGAACUUUGUGUAUUACAUUAGAAUGCAUAGGGUAUAGAUAUCAGUUCUUGAUUUUGUGCUGUAUGGAGUCAAGUUAAUGAGAGACGGAAAAAGAAAUAUUUAGCAGUGAUGUGUAAUCAAACCUUGAUUUAUGAUACCAUUUAUGGGCAGAUAAUGUUAAAGAUUUGUCACUGCUCUUCCUUUCAUUUGGACAGAGACCAAGGCUAGGGAUGCCUUCUUGUUUGGUUAAGGAUUAAUGGAAUUUUUAUCUGCUGAAUUUAUCAAAAAGUUGGUUCUCUA